UUGCUUCUCUACUGGGAAAGUCAUUCAACCUUUUGUUGUAUAAAUAGGUGGCCAGUGGAGCAGAAAACUGGCAUUGCCAAUCAAAUUAACAAGAGGCAUUCAUAAAUCUUAAUGGGAAGCACAAAAGUCGAGUCCUACUUUGUCUUCAUGAGCUAUGAUCCUGAAUACGGGAGACUUCAAGCUGAUCGAACCAAGAGAGGGGUACAUGAGCUUGAUUUGUACCUUGAUAGAAAACACGAUGAACUCUUAGCAAGUACCCUAGAGCCAGGAAGCUACAAGAAGACAUCUUCUUUGGUCAUUGUUGAUGCUUUUGCAGUCGAAAUUACCGAGGAUCAAGCCAAUGUGCUCAGAUCUGCAAAAGGAGUGAGGGUUGUGGAGAAAAAUGAAGUACCACUCUAGUGUAGCAUAGAAUGAUAGAAUAUUGGGGGUUUAAUUUGAGGAGAAAAUUUCCAUGGUUUUGUUUUAUUAACUUUCCUUCUCUUGAAGUUUCUCAAAUGUGUAAUUUGCUACGAAGAUGUGAACUCUGUAUGCAAGAUAUAUGUAUAAUGUGUUAAGGGAAACCAAGGUAGAUUUGUGUUGA